AUGUGCUAUUGUCAUUCGAUCAAGUCAAUACUUGACAUACAUACAUACAUACAUACAGAUCCUACAAUGAAACUUAUGGAUGAUCAAUCGCUCUUCUUCACAACAUCAUCAUCAUCAUUUUUCGAUACGUAUCUUGUCUAUGGCAUUGUGGGAUUAAUUAUUUUAAUUGCGGUUCUCGGCUUAGUCAUUCUUCUAUGUACAUCAUGUUGUUGUUGUUAUUGCUGUUUGACUUCGACGUCGCGUUCGUGUUGUUGUCCGCAGAAUCGUCGGCAUUCAUCGUAUAAAUUACGCGAACGAGCAAAACGUUUAACUCAGUCAACGAAUGGAGAUUCGAAAAAGAUCGGUUUUAUCCGACGUCAUCCAAGUGACAUAGCGGAUUUCUCACAAUUAUACGAUUCCUGUCCACAUUUAAUCAACAGCAAAGCUAUGACGCCAACAGGUGCAAAUAUGGAAACCAGUUGCACAACCAUCGACACAAUUGUCAAUCCGGUCUCACCAUGCAGUUCAUUCCGAUCAUUUGUCGGCUCGGGAACAUUACCAAAAGGGAAUAAAUCGUCAUGUGUACAGAAUGAUACAAGUAAAUUACCAUCACAAACAACGACGGAUAAUAAAACCAAUAAUCUUCCUCAACCUUCAUCAUCACCUACAAAAGGUUCAUGUCUUCGUCCGUUUUCUUAUAUUAAAAAUACGAAUGACCGUGCACAUAUUCUCCGUCGUUUUACUCCUCAUGAACGGUCAACUUCAUCAAUAGCUGUAACCCUCGAUGUCACUCAAUUACCUUCACCUCUAAAUGACGAAUCCAACCAAACUCAUUCCAAUUCCGUUAACAUCUACGAAACAGUUCUUCCACCAGCGAAUCAACCAUCGUUACCUUGCAAUGUUCCAUCACCGAUCUACGAAACCGAAUGGACACAUAGUUUAAGACAACUAAUGAUAACAACUGCAAAUCUUGAAAAAGAAAACAUUUCUAUCAUUGAACUUCCUUCUGUGCCGCCAGAUUUGGUUUCAUCUACAACUCAAUCGACUGAUUAUUUUCAACAGCAGAAUCCUUAUGACAAAUUUUUAGCGUGUCGUUCCACAACAUCCGAUUCGAUGAGGCGAACGAAUAUGCUCCGACGCUUAAAAGACGAUGCUGCUUUUCUUUACUAA